AUGUAAGUCUAAAGAAGCAGAUAAAAAGCACAAACUCUCGUACUUAGAAGUGAGUUUGAUCCAUAGAAUUUCAAUCUACUACCCUAAAAAGCAGUCGAUGAUAAUAAGCAAGCAUUCCGUUAAAUAAGUGAUCAUGGAUAGGAAUAACAUAGUCCUAGUAUUGAGUUAAAUAAAUCAGUUAAGAGAGAUACUUUUUAGGCUGAAAAUGAUUAAAAUAAUGUUAUAAUAAAUAAUUACAGUAGUCCUUUUCAAAAGCUAUAGUCAUAAAUUAUACAUUAGCAGGUUCCAGCUAAAAAGUUAAUGUCCUUAAACGUAACUCCAAUAGGAUCGUAAUAAAGCAUUAACUUGAGUGCGAUAAAAAAACAUUCUACAAUAGGGAAUAUAUUUUAAUUAGGAUACAAAGUACCAUAAAGUCAAUCAACUAAUUUGCUUGAAUUAAAAGAUAAUAGUCCUAUUAGAAAUAAGAAUGCAAGCUAAAGUAGAGGAAGUGAUAAUAUUCUUAGAACUUCUGAGAUAUUUUCACCUGAAAAGCCUGCUUUACCUAAUUUGAAUAAAAGCAUAAUCCUCAAACAAGGUGCUUUACCAACAGUGAAUAGUAAUAAUAUAAAUUAGAAUAAUGUCAGCAACCCAAACAUAAACAUUUCAAAAAGUAAUAUAUUUAACGCAACUUUAAACGGCAGUCACCUGUUCAACAAGUUACCUUCUAAAUUGAAUUAAAAGAGCCAUAUAAAUCUUCCUAAUUAAAAUAAUUCAAGUAAAUUGAGCUAAAUAGUUUUUAAUCCAAAUGACUUCCUUAUCCAAAAAACACAUACCAAUUUCAAUCUACAUAAUCACCAUUAAUCAAAUCAUUUAUCUACUACAAAUAACUAAAUAAAAAUUGAUCUAAGAGAAGCUUUAAAGUAAAAUGUAAGAAAAAGCUUGAACGAUUUUAGUCCUAUGAGGAACUAGGAUGGUGCAGCAAAUGAGUAAAAAGUAGAUACUUAUAUUUCUUUACGUCACUCUUCUCUUGUUCACUUAGAUGAGGACGCUAAAUCUCCUAUACUGAAUGGAAAUCAUAAAAAGAUUAUUCCACUAUAAACAAGCAAUGCUAUGCUUCCUUAAAGUGUAGUGAAUUCAAUGAAGGUUCUCAAGCGCCCCUAAUCCAGAUAAGCUUAAUCUCAAGAUGCUCUAGGUUCCCCUCUAAGUGAUUCAAAAUAUAAUCAAUAGUUUAAUCAGAGAAUGAAAUAGCUGAAUCAGCUGAUACAGUAGCAAAAAGAUUAAUCAAGCUUUGAAGAUUCAAGCAGAAUUUCUUCAAAGAGGACUAUUAAAGAUAUCAAAGAUAUCUAGGCUGACAAAUUUUAAUUUAUUUCUAAUGAGAAUCAAAAACAAUAUAAUUAGUAAUAAUCUCUCGCUUAUGAUAAUGAGAGGUAAGAGAAACCAAACAAGUUAAAUGAGUUUGAAUAAACAGAAGAAUAAAAGAAUUUCUAAAUAGAAUUUUUAAGGAAAAUAAGAAGAAAAUAGACUAUGCGUUUUACUUAAAAAAUACAAAGCUUGCAAGAAAAACUGAAUGAUGAAGAAGAAGAACUUGGAUUUAAGGGUAAAGACAGUUCUGAAAGUGGUGAUAGAGCAAAAAAGUAAAAUAAUAGGAACUUUAAAGAAAUUUUUGAAAAAUCUCUUGAAACGAAAGAGCUGUGUAAUGAUGAUGAUACUAGUACGUUAAAUAGAGCUAAGAAGGUAUUAGAAAUUUCUGAAGAUUUCCGUAAAUUAUUGAGAUAUGAAAUUAGUAGACCUCAAACAGCAAUUUAUAAAAGCUACAUAUUUUUUUUGAGUGAUAUAGACCCAAAAGUAUUUAUUGAAGGUGUUGUUUUUUUAUUCUAAAAUGCCCUCACUAUUUCUUUGACAAAUAAUUACGAUGUAAAAAAGAGAAAAUAUUCAUAUAAAAUUCCUGAGAAAUUUUUUUCUCUACUGAACAAAGUAUACAAAGUCAAAAUCCUUGAAGAAAGAUACUAAUUUAACGAAGCUUAAAUUGAUAGAUUUUCUUAUCUUAUAAUCCGUUAAUACGAAGAAUAGUAACUAAAACCAUAAAAUUUACUUGAAGAGCUAGGUGGUGCCAAAAAAUGCUAAUAAUUGAUAACAGAUUUCUUCUCUCAAGUCUCAGCACGACUGGAUUCAAAAGAUUAAUUUACAGAUAAACAAAUUUAAGAAAUAGGUAUUUCUUUCCUCACAAACAAGGAAGAGGGAAUCUCAAAUUUUAUCAACUAUAUGAAGAGGACAAAAAGAAUAUUGGAAGGUAGCAUCUAUCAAGUAAAGCAUGCUUUGUACUAAUUUUUGUAUGUGGAAAAAAAUUAAUUCUUUGAAGAUGAAAUAAAAAAGUCAUUCUUAUAUGCUUUUGAAAAAAUUAGAUACAAGUAUUUUACAACUUACGCUGCUAUUGAUACAGAAUAGAUUUCUAAAGACAUAUUGAAGUAUUUCUUAACAAAGAAACCAAUUUUAGAAUACUUUAAAGAAGAAAAUAGAUCAGAAAAAAUACACUUUUUAAUUAUUUAAGUAGUGGAAUGCUUUAUUUACUAAAAUAAAACAACAAAUAUUAUUAAUUAUUUAUAAGAAGCCACUAUAAAACCAAUAGAUGAGUCUUUCUUUUUAAUGCUUGAACCUCUUUUCUUAGAGCCUUUUAAAAGACUUAAACUUGGAUAAAUCUUUACAAGAAAUACUGAAAUGAAAUUUAGCUGGAUGAAAAUUGGAUUUAACAUACUUUAAGGUCCCGACUAACUUUUAGAAAGAAUUGAAGAGUUAUUGCUUAAUAUGAAAAAUUGGAUUGAUGGAAUGAUUCAAUAAAAAUAGCUUAACAAAUAGCAAUUAAGUAAGAUUAAUCACAUUUAAAAUCUAUCAUUCUUAAAGUAUUUCAUUUAUCAUGCUAUAACACCUGACUUAUUCAACAAUUCUGAUAUCUACUUUAUGAUCAACACAUUCUAAACAUCAUAAGAAGCUGUUUUAUUCUAAUUAAAAGGCCUUAAAAGAAUUCUUCUCCACAUGAGAUUUAAACCAAAUGAAGCUUAUGAUGUGGCAGAAUAUUUAAUUAAAACGUUCAAUGAAGCAUUUUUAUGUGCUCCACCUUAAAUAUGA